UCAAUAAGGAGGUUAGAUUUUUAUAGCCACGCAUGGCUUCUUCUUCUUCUUCGUUAUCCUUUCUCUAUUUUUUGACUUGUUUAGCCAUUUUGGAGAGCUUAUUAGUGCACGCUGAGGCAUCUCGAGCCUUCUUCGUGUUCGGAGAUUCGCUCGUUGAUAAUGGAAAUAACAACUAUCUUGCGACGACGGCACGAGCGGACUCUCCUCCUUAUGGGAUCGACUAUCCGACUCAUCAACCGACCGGGAGGUUCUCUAAUGGCCUCAACAUUCCUGACAUUAUCAGCGAGCACCUGGGUGCUGAGUCCACCCUGCCUUACUUAAGCCCAGAGCUGAGGGGACAAAAGCUCCUCGUAGGCGCAAAUUUUGCUUCAGCAGGCAUUGGAAUUCUCAACGACACUGGCAUUCAGUUUGCAAAUAUAAUCAGGAUUUCACAGCAGUUGCAGUACUUCCAGCAGUAUCAGCAAAGGCUGAGCUCAUUAAUCGGCGCAGCUGCAGCUAAGAGAUUGGUGAAUCAGGCGCUGGUUCUGAUAACUCUGGGUGGAAAUGAUUUUGUUAACAAUUAUUAUCUGGUUCCUUUCUCUUUUAGAUCUCGCCAGUAUUCUCUUCCUGAUUAUGUUCGUUAUCUCAUCUCCGAGUAUAAGAAAAUCCUCAUGAGGAUUUAUGAGCUGGGAGGGCGGCGUGUGCUGGUGACUGGGACGGGCCCACUGGGUUGCGUGCCGGCCGAGCUAGCACAAAGAAGCAGAAACGGCGCAUGCGACCCGGAGCUGCAGAGAGCCUCCGAACUAUACAACCCUCAGCUGGAGAAAACCAUAAAUCAGCUCAAUUCGCAGUACCACUCCAACGUCUUCAUUGCCGCCAACACCGCCAAAUUGCAUUCCGAUUUCAUUUCCAACCCCCAGGCUUCUGGUUUUAUUACUUCAAAGAGAGCUUGUUGUGGGCAAGGACCCUACAAUGGCUUGGGUUUGUGCACGGUGGCACCAAAUCUAUGUCCGAAUCGGGAUUUAUAUGCUUUUUGGGACCCAUUUCAUCCGUCUGCAAAGGCGAGCCGGAUCAUAGUUGGCCAAUUCAUGACUGGUUCAAGCGAGUACAUGAACCCGAUGAACCUAAGCACUUUAUUAGCAAUGGGUGAAAGCACCUAAUUAUAUGAAUUAAGUAGGGUUAUAUUAGUAUUUAACUAUA